AUGGGUUCAUUCAAACUACCUAACGAGAGUAUAAUUGGAUACAUGUGUCACCAAAAGCUAUUGGUCCCUGCUAUGGGUUAUCUUAGCAUGUUUCCACCAGAGAUCAUCUUUAAUAUCCUGGACGAGAUUUUGGGGAGCUCCCCUAGAUUGACACAUGAGAACUUUCACGCCAUUAACCAGCUAAUGAAAACUAACAAGACACUAGAACAAUACAUCAAACUCGGAUGGAUGGGUAGCAAUGCGUCAAACAGUUUCAAGCAGCGCGUUGAUUCCGUCCAGUGGUACCCAAAUAUUGACAAUGCGAAUAGAGCUCUAACCCUCAAGGGUGUAAACCCCGAUUGUAUCAUUCCCAUCGAAGGUCCCCGCGACCUCGGCCCCGAUCUCGUCACAGGUAUCAUUUUGGACGACUGCACCGAUUGCUUUGAGUGGUUCUCCGAGGUACUGCCUCCUACCCACAUGAGUUGUUGCAAUGAGGGCGGUUGGUCAUUCCUUUCUCUGGCACUGCAUGCUAAAUCCGAAAGGCUACUCGAUUGUUUCUUCGUCUCAGGCUUCCCUUACGAACCGAAGGAUUUUAUCACCGGUAAUGGCAAUGCUAUGGGGAGAGGGCCGUCAAUCCUUGGGCUUUCUGCCUCAUCUAAGGACCAUCAGUCUUUCACAAAGCUCUUCAGGAAACUGAAGCAAAUCUUGAACGGGCACGGCUUCCAGAGGACUCUUAGAGAUAAACUCACAGGUAAGGAGCGAGCGGCCAUCCGAAGUGUUGCUCCUCAGUAUCUACAGAAGAUGUUGCAUGAAGCUGGUCUGGCUGCUAUGCAUCCAACUCUUCGUUAUAGUCCAUAUUACUCUGGUACGCGCACCCAGAUGUACUAA